GACUCCUUCGCCCCGGUCCACCACCACCGCCGAAAUGGCUCGGCGCGUCGCACUCCCUCCGCCAGUAGCUUACCUUCCGAAAGCAUCUCUUGGCUCGACGGCUCAGUCUGACAUCAACGGUGUCCUCAAGCAGCUCAAGACCUGCACCAGACGUCUGCAGACAGCUCUCGCAUCUCAUGCGCUCGAACUGCAAGUCCUCGAGAGGUUGUACUACAAAGGCAAGAACCAGCAUCGCACAGAACUGUUUUGGAGGAGCGUUGUAGAAAUCAGGCGCUAUGGUACACGGGUAGAGGAGAUGCAAUUGUAUGGACUCGUUGAGACAAUGCGAGUUGCAUUUUGGGGAGAAGCCGCCCUACAGAAUUCAAAACUCCUCAAAGGGCCCUGGACGCACGCUCCUGAUGCAAGUCUGGUAACGUUCGUUCUGCGGCGAUGUUCAGAGGGGUGUUUACUGCUUGAGAAGGCUCAAGAUCGGUUCUCAUCAGCAUAUCACUCCUUCACUCUGGUGAUGCAGACAGCCGCCUUCCUGCAGCUUAUCCUGACGCUAGCCGCCAUAACCUCCAGACUGAGUGAAUUGCUCAAUGAGGUUCAAUCGUGCAUGAAACUUACUCAAGAUGCUUGCUGUCGCUUAUUGCAAAAUCUCGACAACUAGCCCGCAGUGGCAAGCUCUUCCCUUCGCAUCAGCCUCCGCCACAGAUCAUACCCAUCGCUUCUGACAUUCAGGUGGAACAAUCGCGCUACACUCCAGAUCGCGUUGUUCUGGUCGACG